AUGGCAUCCGUUGACCCCACCAUUGCUCCUAUUGUUGCAACUGCCUCUUCGGCAAAAAUAGCUUGGGAUCUCCUUCAUAUAGCUUAUGCCAAUAGGAGUCACACUCGCAUCUUCAGCUUACGAGAUCAGUUGCAAAACAUGAAAAAGGCCUCCAAGACAGUUGCUACUUACCUACAAGAGAUCAGAUCAAUUGCUAAUGCUUUCAAAGUAACGGGCUCUCCGGUGGAUAAUGAUGAACUAGCAGUCAAGAUUUUGAGUGGCCUAGGUCAUGAGUACCGUGAAAUCACUGCCGCUAUAAGAGCGCGCGAAACAGCCCUAAGCUUUGAGGAGUUGUUCCAGAAACUCACGGACCAUGAACUCUUUCUCAAACAUCAAGAUAUUGACAGGUCAUCCUCUAUCAUUACAGCUGCAGUUGCACAAAGGACCAACUUCCAGCCCCAACAUCAAAAAAUAAUCAUCGCUUCCCAAAUCAAUCUUCAAGACCACAAGCUCCACGACAGGCGGUCCCUGGAAAUCAACAGAAUGGGAGACUACCCAGCUAAGGUCAACUUUGUGUCAAAUCAUCACUCAAAUGCAAAUCCUUGGAUCAUCGACUCUGGAGCAACUCAUCAUGUCACAAUUGAGUCAGAUAAUCUUGAAGAAUACACUGGCAAUGAGGAAAUGUCCAUAGGUGACGGUAAAACUAUUCUUAUUACUCACACUGAUUUUACUCAAAUUAAGGCUUCUAACUCCAAUUUCAUGCUCUCUAACACUCUUUGUGCUCCAGCUAUCAAAAAGAACCUUAUUUCUGUUGCUAAGUUUUGCACUGACAAUCUGACCUCAAUCGAAUUUUUCCCACACUCAUUUCUUGUGAAGGAUCUCAAAACUCGGAGACUGCUGGUACAAGGCUAG